AUGUCCUCUCAGACUCCUCCAUCAAACACAGCUUUCAUCCUCCCCCAUGCGGGUGGCGGCCUCCACACCAUCUCCAAACGCACGACAUCCAUACCCUCUCCGAGAGCGCAUGAAGUCCUCAUCAAAAUCAACGCAGUCUCUCUCAACUACCGCGACUUCGCCAUGAGCGCAGCCUUUUACCCCGUCUCUCGUUCGCCCAAUCGAGUUUUAGGGAGCGACAUGGCUGGUGAGGUUGUGGAGGUGGGAGAGGGCGUGGGGGCGGAGGAGUUCAAGAAGGGGGAUAGGGUUACCGCGAACUUCAGCCAAUCUCAUAUCUUCGGGACACGCACUGGACAAAGACAGGAUUUAGGAGAAGGCUUGGACGGUGUUCUGCAGGAGUACCGCGUCUUCAAGAGCGAUGGCCUCCUCCAUGUCCCGAAACAUUUGAGCUACGAAGAAGCUGCUUGUUGGCCCUGUGCUGGUGUUACGGCGUGGAAUGCGUUAUACAACGGAAACCCUCUUGUGCCUGGACAGACCGUACUGUUCCAGGGCACCGGAGGCGUGUCGAUGGCAGGUUUGUUAUUCGCAGUUAGGGCCGGUGCGAAGACAAUCAUCACGUCCGGCUCAGAUGAAAAGCUUGCGAUUGCCAAGAAACUCGGGGCUACGCACACGAUUAACUAUAAGACGAACCCCGACUGGGAUAAGGUCGUACUCGCACUCACGGAAGGUGUCGGCGCUCAUCAUAUUUUCGAUAAUGUAGGCGUUGAGCAGAUUGAGAAAUGCUUCAAUUGCGCAGCAUAUGGUGGUAACAUCCACUGCAUCGGCUUUUUGGGAGAUCAACAGAAACCAGGCCCAAACGUCUUGAUGCAUGUGCUCUUGAAGAACCUGACUAUACGUGGAGUUGACGUGGGAUCCAAGCAGCUUCAUACAGAUAUGCUUCGUUUUAUCGAAACGAAUGAGUUGAAGCCGCAUAUCGAUCGUGUGUUCGCGUUUGAAGAUACAGUGAAGGCUAUCGAGUAUCUCGGCUCUGGUCAGCACGUUGGGAAAGUCGUUGUCAAAAUCUCUGUCUAA